GUUUCUCAGCAAGCAAACUAACCAGUCUCAAACGCAAUAGAAAUGUAAGGAAAACUAGGCUCAAAAUGAGUGCUAUCCUAAAGUUCAUCCGUGAAAACCACAUACUAGCAGUGAUAGAACAAGCAAUUGCGAAAAAGAAAUCUCGCUUGAGUCUAAAUUCUUUUGAAAUUACCGAAAUUCCUACACUGUUAUACUCGUGUAUCGAGCUGGAACACCUAUAUUUACAUUUAAAUAAUAUCACAACUGUACCAGUGCAGAUUACAGAACUUUUAAACCUUACAACAUUGACUCUGGAUUACAACGGCAUAACUUCAUUGCCUGUUGAAAUUGGUAACUUGAAAAAUCUUGUAAAUUUAAACAUAAGUUAUAAUCCCCUAAAAGAACUUAUACCAGAAAUAGGUGAAUUAGAGAACCUUGAAGCAUUCUGGUGCAAUAAAACAGGGCUACGGGAAAUUCCAAAGGAAAUCGGCAAGUUGACAAAACUUGAUACAUUUGGAGCAAGGGGCAAUGAGUUGAAAACCAUACCAGAAGAAAUGACUCAACUAACAAAAUUAAGAUGGCUAACAUUAGAAAAUAAUCAAAUAGAGGUUUUACCAAACUGUAUGAAUAACAUGGAAGGGAUAGUACACUGCAAUCUUCGCAAAAAUAGGCUAAAAGAAUUCCCAGAGUCAUUUCUGAAAUGUGUUGAUUUGAUGUUCUUACAGUUGAAUAAUAAUCAGAUAUCCAGUUUACCAGAUAAUUUUGACACAAGUCAAGUUACAGUUUUAGAAAUGAUUGAUUUACGAGAAAACCCCAUAUGUGAAUUGUCACAUCUAGACCACCCUUUAGUUCGCUUCUCAGAUGAAAUUCCAGUACCUCAAGAUCUUUCCCCGUCCAGCAGCCGACCUCAUGGCAUGGCUGCACAGGCUUUAGCUGUCAAUGCUACAGCUCUUCGGUUACCAGCAGUUCCAGCACCCAGACAUCCGGAUUUGAUAUUAGAAAUGGAAAUGGACGCGUCAUCAGUAGAAUCAGAAGAUUGGGAGAACAGCGUAAAUAGCUCUGAGUUGGAUGUCCAUUACCAAAGUGACGAAGAAAGAGGUGACAAUGAGAUCGCACAAUUUUUCCAGGCCGUGGGUAUGGUGUUGCCAGAAUUAUCCCGGUACGCGUCUACAGCGAGUUAAAUAUAACUGGCAACUUAAAGAAAAUUAAUUUAAGAUGGUGCGUUGUAUUUUCACGAAAUUUGAGUAAUUUUGGCUUAAACUUGUUUACAGAAAUUAUUAAGGUUAUUUUCAAAAUGUUUGUUAAGGUUUCCAUUUAAGAACUAAUGAACCAUUUUUUUUCUUCUUUAAAGUAAUUUUUAACCUUAACUAACCUAACAUACUUAAUUUCAGAUUAAAUUAUUUCUAGUUUAUUACUUUUAUUGCUACAAUUUCGAAGCUUUAGUUUAGGACUUAAGUCAAAACUUGUCGGCUAAUUUUUUCUGUAAAGCAACGCGAAAUAUCGGAAUUAUAAAACAUAGUUUUAAAAUAUAUAUUUGUGUUAUUGUAGUAAUUGUACGCGGUUAAUCGUAGUAAAAGUAAAAUAUAGCUGUCUCAAUCUAUAGCAGGUUUAGUGA